AUCUCCAAUCUCCACCCGUUUCCUAUAAUUGACCGCAUUCGACAUGGCAAUAAAGUGCCCGAUACCUUCCUUUUGGAAUAGCACAUUCUUGAACGUCCUGUCUGGACGCUGUCAGACCAACCGACAGAACAUUCCAUCGAGUUGCCAAGCUCGUUGCCGGCUCGCGCUGCAACAGACUGUCACACCCUUUCCCCAGAUUCGGGACUUCGCCCAUCCAACUUUUUUCAGAUUUGAAAUUGGAUCACGGUCUAAUAUUCCCCUCCCCGGUGCAUAAAAGACACUUCGUUUGCCCCCCGCCCCUCGUUGAGACCACAGAUUCGACCUGCAUCGUGGGAACACCACACACACCUCCCUAAUCUCCCGCCCCCGGUCCCUAUUUCCCCGAAGUAUACCCACCCCCUGUCUGCAAUGUUCUCAGAGCGCAUCCUUGAGCUGGGCAGUCUCGCGAGCCUCCGGGAAGCCUUUGGGGAGACCUCGCCAUGGACUGCCGUUGCCACCUUCCUGGCUAUCGCCGUGUUCGCCGUGGCGGUCGACUACGCCCGCAUGCUGCGGUUGCGGUCCAAGAUGCCACCCGGUCCGUUCCCUCUGCCUAUUGUGGGGAACACCUUCAUGCUCCCCGAGUGCAAGCCCUGGCUCUGGUUUGAGGAGCUGUCCCACAAGUACCAGAACCCCCUGAUCACUGUUUGGAUUGGAAGGAACCCUACCAUCUGGCUCAAUGAUGCCUGGACCGCGUCUGAGAUCCUCGACAAGCGGGCUGGCAUCUAUUCGUCGCGGCCUAGGAUGGUCGUCUUCGCCGAGCUCGGUGCUGGCCAGAGCAACAUGGUCAACAUGUACACCACGACCCCCGAAGAGCGGGAGCGGUGGCGUAUCCACCGCAAGCUGAUGCACCACGCCGUGGGCACCCAGUCCAUCCGCAGGUACCGCGACUUCCAGAACGACGAGAGCAAGCUCGUGGCCCACGAGCUCCUCUCGAGCCCCGCCGACUACGUCAAACACUUUGAGAGGUACGCCACCAGCGUCGUGUCCAUCAUCGGCUUCGGCCGCCGCGUCGAGAGUUUCAACGACCCCAUCAUCACCGAGGUCAUCGCCGUCAUGCACCUCGCAGCCGACCUGAACGUUCCCGGCAAGUCCUUCCCCAUGCUGAUGGAGACCUUGCCGUGGCUCGCCAAGGUCCCCAACGCACUCGCCCCCUGGAAGUACGGCCUGGGACGCAAGCGCGGCACCGCCUUCUUCUACGCCCUGGCCGACGAGGUUGCCAAGAGGGUCGGUCACGAGGAUUCCUUCGCCAAGUACCUGUUCUCUAAGCGGGAGGAGUCGCGGCUGUCUCCCGACGAGAUCGCCGCCCUGAGUGGUAACCUCUUUGGCGCCGGCAGCGACACGAGCAGCAGCACCCUCAUCACCUUUGUCCUCGCCUGCUGCGCCUUCCCCGAGACGCUCAAGCCGGCCUGGGAGGAGCUGGACCGCGUCGUUGGGCAGCACCGGAGCCCGCACUUUGACGAUGAGCCCAACCUGCCCUACGUCAAGGCGUUCGUCAAGGAGGUGCUCAGGUGGCGCCCCGUCGCCAUCAUGGGCGGUCAGCCCCACGCGCCGACCCAGGACGACUACUACAAGGGCUACUUCAUCCCCAAGGGUACCUGGAUCCAGGGCAACCUCUGGGCCAUCCACCGCAACGAGCGUGAGUUCCCCGACCCCGACCGCUUCAACCCCAACAGGUUCAUCGCCGGACACGAGGACCACCGCCCCUUCCCCGGCGAGAGGGGCUACAUGACCUUUGGCUGGGGCCGCCGCGUCUGCACCGGACAGGCCCUCGCCGAGCAGGGCACUUGGAUCUCCGUAGCGAGGCUGCUGUGGGGGUUCAAUAUCAGCAAGAAGCAGAGGCCUGACGGCAGCUUUGUCGAUGUGGACAUCUUUAACUACACCAACGGACUCAACAUGCGGCCCCGACCUUUCGAGUGCAGCUUCACGCCGCGCAGCGAGGAGAUCCGCGCCACCAUCGAGAGGGAGGGCCGGCUGGCACUGCAAGACUUGGAGGAGUACAGGGGCGAGACCAAGUACCGCAUGUCCACCUUCUACCAGGAGAGCACCCGCGCACUUGAGCUCUAUGGAGAUAAGAAAUCAUCUUGAGAAACCGUAAAUGCCGGAAGGCGGUGACGUGCCCCGACUGGGGGAGCGGUGGAGCGGGG